GCCUAGUGGACUCAGUUCGAUCUGCUAUUGCGGAGGGUAUACAUCCGAAGUUGAUUUCCAAGGGUUCCUCAGGGUCAUACUUCGCCCGUGCUAAAGUUGAUGGUACAAUACGAACUGUGGGCGUGUUCAAGCCGAAGGACGAGGAGCCAUACGGACAACUGAACCCCAAGACCACGAAAUGGUUACAUCGACAAUUGCGGUGGAUCAUACCGUUUGGACGCGCUUGCCUUAUACCCAAUUUGAGUUACAUCUCCGAGGCAGCCGCAUCCUUCCUGGAUGAACGCUUGCAGUUGUAUAUGGUACCUCGCACCGAGCUUGUAUCAUUAUCAAGCCCUGCCUUUUUCUACGACUGGAUAGAUAGAACCGCGGCGAAGAAUGGCAAACCUUUACCGGAAAAGAUCGGAUCCAUGCAGUACUUCAUGCACGGCUUCACCGAUGCUUCCGAUUUCUUGCGAAAACAUCCAUGGCCUGGCCGCGCUAUCUCCGAUACUUUCGAUGACUCCAACCAUCGAACAGGGAACAUCAGCAAGCGUUUCAUGUCUGCUCUUAACAUCAUCUGUGGCAAAACUGGAGGCGAGGAUGAUGCGUACGACGAAGCUGACGACGAUCGUGUGCUGUAUGAUGCAACAGAGGAAGCCAACGUCAACCGCCCGUUCUAUUGGAGCGAGUCCUUGCAGCAAAGCUUCAGAGAAGAGUUAGAAAAACUCGUGAUCCUAGAUUAUUUGAUGCGUAAUACGGACCGUGGCGCCGACAACUACAUGAUCAAGUAUUGUGAAGGUGUGAGCGACAAGAAUUCCAACGCUGCUCCAUCGCGCCCAGGAAAUGGACAGCCGCAGAUGAGCGAGCUGAAGGUUAACGAGGCUGGUUCAUCGCACCAACCGAGCUGGACGCCGGCGAUGUCCAUUGCUGCAGGGUCCGGCUGCGAUGGGCGUCCGACAUACACGAGCAAACCUCAUAUCCAUAUAGCCGCCAUCGACAAUUCUCUCAGUUUCCCCCAUGAGCACCCGAAAGGAUGGCGGUCUUACACGUACGGCUGGCUUUUCCUGCCCGUGAGCAUUGUUGGCCGUCCUUUCAGCGAGAAAACGCGAAACCACUUUUUGCCGCUCCUCACUUCCAAAGAAUGGUGGGCCGAGACUACAUACGAACUACGCAAAUUAUUUGAAGUGGACCCCGACUUCCACCCCAAAAUGUUCCGGCGACAACUUGCUGUCAUGAAAGGCCAAGCCUACAAUAUAGUCCAGUCAUUGAAGCAUGUCGACGAAGGACCUCUGGAGCUCACACGGCGGGAGAAAGUAUUGGUGUGGGACGACGAACUUGAAGUUGCGGAGGAAAGUCUGGCGUCCGCGGUUGCGCAAACUCCGGAGUCGCCUCAGAUAUCCAUCAACACGGUUCCCCUGCCCCGGCAUUCGCGUAGCCAAAGCUUGGGCGCCCGCGACUUCCCUCCGCCGAUACGCCGCACGUCGACAGAGCUCAACCGUCCAGUGCCAUUCUCCGCCAAGUUUCAGCGUGUGCAUCCGGCAACAACGGGCGUCACCGUGCUCGAACAUAUGGAACGCCUGGAUAAGGUUGAAGCAUCGUUGGCUCGGUUAGGCAAUGCGCAGGAGGAGGACGAGGAGGAAGCCGACGUCGUAGAGUCAAGACCCAUCGCAGUGCCAUUGAUGCGCUCCAGCUCAUCACAAUCGUCAAGCAGUGGAACACCGCUCUUAUCACCUCGGUCUGCGCCGCUGCCAGUCGUCCCGGAAGCGCCGUCAGCUCCGGAAUCAUUGGGUGAAGUGGAUGAACAAACAGACGAGCCUGAGCCCACGGAGGAAGACGUUGCAGCGCUGUCGAAGUCAAUGUCGCAUUUGGAAGUGUCUCCCUCUCGUUUGCACACGCGAUGGGGCAGCCAUGAGGCCCAGCAGCAAGGACCCCAGAGCCUCGAUUGGAUGUUGCAAACGGAGGCUGAAGGCACAAAGAAGCGCAUCGCUAUUGUGGAGAGGUUGGAGCCCGUCAAGACCAAACCAUUACUUUCUUGGUGGUGAACUCCAAAAUGACUGACGACCCUUUGACGCAUGGUUAAACAACUUUCGACCAUAUGAACAGUGUAUCAUUAUAAUCCUACAUGACAGAUGCUAUCUAGAGUGUAUAUCCAGGUCAUGAAAACGAUGUAACGAGAGUGCUCGAGAUGACAACGAAAGCUAUUUAGUCACCAUCCGACCUCGCCGUAAACAUAGGACUCG